AUUGGUUACAUAACAAUCACAGUCCCCAAAGCUCUGACAUCACCCACUGAAGCUUCUUACCAGCCUGGACAGCCAAGAGGGUCCCGCUGUGGCCAGGGAUGAUGGCGGGGGCAUGAACCCAAUGGAACAGCCAGGAACCGCAGCCAGCCCCGUUCCCCGCAGCAUGUUCAGCUGGGUCAGCAAGGAUGCCCGUCGCAAGAAGGAGCCGGAGCUCUUCCAGACAGUUGCGGAGGGGCUGCGGCAGCUGUACGCACAGAAGCUGCUGCCCCUGGAAGAGCACUACCGCUUCCACGAGUUCCACUCGCCCGCGCUGGAGGAUGCUGACUUCGACAACAAGCCCAUGGUGCUCCUCGUGGGCCAGUACAGCACGGGCAAGACCACCUUCAUCCGGCACUUGAUCGAGCAGGACUUCCCGGGGAUGCGCAUCGGGCCCGAGCCCACCACCGACUCUUUUAUCGCGGUCAUGCACGGCCCCACCGAGGGCGUGGUGCCCGGCAACGCGCUCGUCGUUGACCCACGGCGCCCCUUCCGCAAGCUCAACGCCUUCGGCAACGCCUUCCUCAACAGGUUCAUGUGUGCCCAGCUGCCCAACCCCGUCCUGGACAGCAUCAGCAUCAUCGACACUCCCGGGAUCCUGUCCGGAGAGAAGCAGCGAAUCAGCAGAGGUUAUGACUUCGCUGCGGUCCUGGAGUGGUUCGCCGAGCGGGUGGACCGCAUCAUCCUGCUCUUCGAUGCCCACAAGCUGGACAUCUCCGACGAGUUCUCUGAGGUCAUCAAGGCACUCAAGAACCACGAGGACAAGAUCCGCGUGGUGCUGAACAAGGCCGACCAGAUCGAGACGCAGCAGCUGAUGCGGGUGUACGGGGCCCUCAUGUGGUCCCUGGGCAAGAUCAUCAACACCCCCGAGGUGGUCCGCGUCUACAUUGGUUCUUUCUGGUCCCACCCGCUGCUCAUCCCCGACAACCGAAAGCUCUUCGAGGCCGAGGAGCAGGACCUCUUCAAAGACAUCCAGUCUCUGCCCCGAAACGCUGCCCUCAGGAAGCUCAAUGACCUGAUCAAGCGGGCCAGGCUGGCCAAGGUCCAUGCCUACAUCAUCAGCUCCCUCAAGAAGGAGAUGCCCAACGUCUUUGGUAAAGAGAGCAAGAAGAAGGAACUGGUGAACAACCUGGGUGAGAUCUACCAGAAGAUUGAGCGGGAGCAUCAGAUCUCCCCCGGAGACUUCCCGAGCCUCCGCAAGAUGCAGGAACUACUGCAGACCCAGGACUUCAGCAAGUUCCAGGCCUUGAAGCCCAAGCUGCUGGACACAGUGGACGACAUGCUUGCCAACGACAUCGCUCGACUGAUGGUGAUGGUGCGCCAGGAAGAGUCCCUGAUGCCCUCCCAGGCCGUGAAGGGCGGCGCCUUCGAUGGCACCAUGAACGGGCCGUUUGGGCACGGCUAUGGCGAGGGGGCCGGUGAGGGCAUCGAUGACGUUGAGUGGGUAGUGGGCAAGGACAAGCCCACCUACGAUGAGAUCUUCUACACACUGUCACCUGUCAAUGGCAAGAUCACAGGAGCCAACGCCAAGAAGGAGAUGGUGAAGUCCAAGCUGCCCAACACGGUGCUGGGGAAGAUCUGGAAGCUGGCCGACGUGGACAAGGACGGGCUGCUGGACGACGAGGAGUUCGCCCUGGCCAACCACCUCAUCAAGGUCAAGCUGGAGGGCCACGAGCUGCCCGCCGACCUGCCCCCGCACCUCGUCCCGCCCUCCAAGCGCAGGCAUGAGUGACCGCCCCGGCCAUGCAGGGCCACCCGGAUGUCCUGCCCACCCUCUGUGCCUGCCCAGGUGGGCGGGGCCUGGGAGGCAGAGAUUGGGGGAGGGGAAGGGUCACCACCUUUCAAGGUCCAUAAAGACUGAGCGGUGUUUCCUCAGUUCUCAAACAGGAAGACCACCAUCUUUCUUUAAGGCUGUUCCUGGGCCCGUUGGGGGAGGCGGGUGACGCUCGGAUGUGAAUGAUGGAAUUUUGUGCACAAGAACUAUGGAUAUUUUUAAUAUAUAACGUUAGAGGCA